UACGUGGGAAACUGAAUGGCUGUGGCUGCUCUAAGCCAGCAACUGCUCUGCUUCUCAACUUCAACAAAAACAAGAACUACAACUACAGCAAAACCAUGGUUUCCCAACUCUACUACCCUUUUCAAUUCUCUAAAGAAGACUCAUGCCUCUUUCAUUUCUUCUUCUUCUUCUUCUUCUUCCUCUUCUACUUCUCCGUCUUCAGAAACCAAUGCAGAAACAGCUGAGUCUUGUGUCAAUCUGGGCCUCUCUCUAUUCUCAAAUGGACGAGUUAAAGACGCCUUAAUACAAUUUGAAACAGCUCUUAGUUUAGAUCCCAACCCAUUGGAGGCUCAAGCUGCUCUAUAUAACAAAGCUUGUUGUCAUGCAUACCGAGGGGAAGGAAAGAAAGCUGCUGACUGUCUACGUACUGCAUUGAGAGAGUAUAACCUGAAAUUUGGCACAAUUCUAAAUGAUCCUGACUUGGCCUCUUUUAGAGCUUUGCCCGAAUUCAAGGAAUUGCAGGAAGAGGCUAGGCUGGGUGGGGAAGAUAUAGGUUACAGUUUUCGAAGGGAUCUCAAACUCAUCAGUGAAGUCCAGGCUCCAUUCCGUGGGGUUAGGAGAUUUUUUUAUGUGGCAUUCUCUGCAGCUGCUGGAAUCUCCUUAUUCUUUACCAUACCCAGGCUAAUUCGUGCGAUUCAAGGUGGUGAUGAUGCUCCGAAUCUUUUAGAAACUGCUGAAAAUGCUGCCAUUAAUGUUGGAGGCAUCAUUGUUCUUGUGGCAUUAUUUUUCUGGGACAACAGGAAGGAGGAGGAACAACUUGCACAAAUAUCCAGAGAUGAAACUUUAUCAAGGUUGCCUCUGCGUCUCUCCACAAAUCGCAUUGUUGAACUUGUGCAGCUGCGAGACACUGUUAGACCAGUUAUUUUGGCAGGGAAAAAGGAAACUGUUUCCUUGGCCAUACAGAAAGCGGAUAGGUUUCGAACUGAGCUCCUUAGACGCGGUGUUCUUCUAGUUCCUGUCAUUUGGGGUGAAGGUAGGGAACCACAGAUGGAGAAGAAAGGCUUUGGUCUUCGUUCAAAGGCAGCUGCUGCUCUUCCUUCUAUUGGGGAAGAUUUUGAGAAACGAGCUCAGUCAAUAACUGCAAAAUCAAAAUUGAAAGCUGAAAUUCGAUUUAGGGCAGAAGUUGUAUCACCUGCUGAAUGGGAAAGGUGGAUCAGAGAUCAACAAAAGUCUGAAGGAGUUACACCUGGUGAGGAUGUCUACAUAAUCCUGCGCCUAGAUGGUCGAGUUCGGAGAUCUGGAAAAGGCAUGCCUGACUGGCAACAGAUUGUGAAAGAGCUGCCACCCAUGGAAGCAUUGCUAAGCAAACUAGAAAGAUAAAGAGUUUUCUGCUUGCUAACUCUUGAAAGAGAGAAAUUUGAACAAAAAUCAGAAGUAAUUCUCUUUGUGUAUUUAUAAUUGUUAUAGUGAUUCUAUAUCAUAUUAUUGUUCAUGCCUAAUGGGGUCUUCUCUUUUGUACAAGCGAUGUAAUGAGAUAGAUUGAUCUCUUGGAACCCCUUUGUAAAUCAUAUAUAAGGGUGAAAUUUUUAAGUAGAAAAUAAUUGAAUUUUGGUUAUGUUUG